GUUCGACGGGGUUGGACGUCAGAUCAAAGACGACGACGACUACGGAGAAACAAGUGGCUGCGGCAAGAGACUUCGGAGCGCACUGACGUGUGUGCUGGAUCGGCGCGUUACAUACUAAGCCUCAACAAAGCGUGACAGAGAGAACUGGGGAGAACGAUCACUGCCGCGAUUCAAGAUUCAACUGUGACUUUACUUUCUUCAUAACUAGCAGCGCCUCUAUAAAACGUGGAUGCUGAACUACGUAGCCAAAUGAAACAGUGAGACCAGCAUUCAUUGAAGGAGAGUCAUGUGCAGUAAUCGCCGCUGGAGCUGGAGUCCUAGAGAUGAUGAAUCUUGACACCCAUUAACAGGUGAAACGAGAAAAGAAUUUUGAAGCGGUCGACAUCGAGAAAUUUGUCUAUUUCGCACAAUGUUCUUCCGCAUAUGUAGAAUUUAACCUAUAAGCGUGGAAAUGGGAUAAGCGUUAUACAACACAGAAGGAUUGAAGACACUUGCUUUCCAACUACGAAAAGUAAAACACACACAAAGAAAAAUGGAUGAGAUCUCCACCUCGUCAUCGCCGAGCAACGUGGUUUCCAGCCAAAAGUUGUUGCCAUCCACUCAAGAUCCCGGAUGGAACGAUCCGCCGGAAUGGGCGCUAUCCUUGCAGCAUAAUUCAUCCGGGACGUCUACCAAGAGACUCCUGAACAAGCGAGUGGCAUUCCCGCUGUCCUCGCAAACCUCUUCUCCAGGGAAGGUCGCUAGUUUGCCACCUUUGUCGAAUAUGCCUCCUGUUCUACAGUCUACCACAGCUCCUACAAUAACCACGGCUCCUCAUAAGCCUCUUCUGGCUCCUACUGAUAAAGGCUGUGCGAACACGGUGGACGACAAUUUUGAUAAAGAUCAAGCUUUGAUGGAAAUCUUGGCCAAUUUAGAAUCGGUGAUGAUGGAACAGAAGAUGGAAGAGAACAAGAUGAAGGAGAUACAAAGACGGUUAGAGAUCAUGAAAUCUAAUUGGCUGGAAAACAAACUGAAUGACUCAGUGCAGAGAAAUAUGUUGGAUAUAUCAAAAGCACUGCUGAGGAAGGAUAUCAAGGAAGCCGACAAAAUUCACAUUACCCUUAUGACGCAGCAUGCAACUGUUUGUCGUACUUGGAUGCCGGCAAUCAGACAUGUAAUUUUCGAAAUGAAAAAAGAAGGUGAGAAAGCGAACGUUCCGCAACCGGAACAGUCGCCUCUGUUGUUUGUCGAUACAAAGAAGAGCUGAAUUUAUCGCUAAAAGAUUAUAAAUAUAUAUAUAAAAAAAAUAUAAUGAUUAUAAGAACAUUUACUUGUUGCGACUUUACGAUAUGCCUGCGCGCGAUAUUUUUGCAGCCAGCGCAUCAAACGACAUAUCUGAAAUGCAAAUAUUAUACUACGAUAUAUUGCAAUUUAUUACAGUUAUUUAUUACAUGGAGGAAUAAAAAUGAGAGCGAUUGUAUUCAUAAAAGUUUUUUGUAUUUUCCAUUUCUCUCUUAUGUAUAUUCACAAAGGACAAUUACAUCUGUCUUACCACAUAUCUUUGUCUAAAUGUAUUCUUACGUUGAUAAUAGUCAUCGAUAGCUAAAAUCAUUUAUUUUAUUACUUAUGUGUAAUCAUAUACUCACUACCGUACCUCUAAGCAUACCUCAAUCUUAAGACGGACACAUCCGCGCAUCCUGAACGAAAUUUAUUAUUAGCUUGAAACGCCCCGCUUUAUUUUUCCCCUUUUUUUUUUUUCUUUACUUUUGUUGCCGUGAAAUGAGUCUUUUUAUAUCAUUGCUUUCACUGUUCUUCUACCUCCGCCGUAUCGAGAACUUGUGCCCGCGGCUGACGCGCGCAAAAGUGCUUUACAAGUUAUGGCUCUUAGAAAACUUACACUUAUAACUUACGAUCGCCUCUUUAAUCGUCAAUAUAUUAAAUUUUCUUCCACUCUUCGCGUAAAUAAAUAUUCAUAAAUACAUUUGGGGAGGGCGACGUGCGCGAAAGCUCUCUCGACUAUCUCUUUUACUCUAUAAAUCUUUCAUUCUUUCUCUCAUUCUCACUCUCAUUUUCACUCUCGCUCUCGGGAAGAACGUGUUCUCGCCAGUAUCAUGCGAGAAGCUGCGAAUCUGCCGAGAGAUGAUCACGUUCUCGCGCGUCCCCCCGCCCGAAUUUCGAUUUAAAAUUUCUUCAUGGCUUUAUCCAAAAAUAUAUAUACACAUAUACGGUCGGUGUAUACGUAAACGCUACGUCCUUACAGCGUACGAUCUCCGCGGAGAUUCGGCCCCGCUGACAAAAACCGGUUUAACGAUUAUCUCUCCGGCGCAUUCUAGACCACCGUCCCGCGUGGCUCCUCUCCUAAAAACGCUUCCGGCUCUCUUCCCGCCGAGCGAUAUCCCACGAUGAUCGCACGAAGGAGGAAAGUUUAUUAGCGAUAUCGGUCAUGAUCAUCGCGGGUCAACCGGGCGUUGGUGCGCGAGCGGCCCUAAAGAUCUUGACGAAUGGUUGCUAAAUUCGCAUCCCACGCGAUUCAGGAAGCGAUACGGCCGGUUUUUCUUCCCCGACCGAUGCCAUCGAUCAUAACAAGAUUAAAAUACGUGUAAGAUUUCGCGGGACAUAUACAUCGACCUGUCUGCUUCGUUUCGCUUUGUUUGCUUUUUGUUUUUUUUUGUUUUUUUUUUAUUGUUACACAUCCGUACGCAUAUAUGCUACGAACUAUUUAAAAAAGUUACUCUCGCACCUCUUUCUUUCGCUCGUCCUUCUUCACUCGUUACGUUCGUUCGUACUCUCUCUCUCUCUCUUUUUUUUCUGGAUUUUCUCGCUGGUUUUUUCGUACAAAACAAAAUGGCAUCUUUUUGGCAUUGGAAGAAAAAAUACACUCUUUAACGUUUAUCUCUUUCUUAUCAUUCGCCCGUUCUAUCUCCGAUAGUAACACCCCCCCCCCUCCGCUUCUUUCCUCUCUUUUCGCUGAUUAAUCCCUCUGUUGAUCAGAUUUCGGAUUUCUUUUUCUUCCUCAUACAAGGAUCUACGCAACGACUCGUCGAAUCAACUCGCCUACCGAUUUAUCAAGACUUUGGCGCUCACAACAUUGUAAAUAUCCCUGCAAACACCAAGUUAUAAAAUUGUUAGUUAUAAUUUCCCACUCAACGAUGUAACUGUUAUAUAACACACUCGUUGAGUGGAAAAUUAUAACUAGCAGUCUUACAAUUGUAACUUAGGUUGCUGGGAUCAUUUCAUCCUUGUUAUCAAUACACAUCAGACAUAUUUCUUAUGCAAAUUCUUAUACAUAUUUUUAAGAAAGCAGAUUAGAAAGUAAAUGCCAAAAUAGAAAUUUGUAUUAUUGAAAAAGAAUUCUAAAUAUGCACAUUUUUUAUGUAUCCCUGUAAGCGCUAUAAUAUUAUUUAAUAUUAAUAAAAAGAGGUUAUUAUAUGUCCACUCCUGACAAUGUUAUAUGAAUAUUAUAUGAGAAACAAUAUUAUUUAGUAAAAUAUUUUAAAUUAUCAGGAAUAUUACACCUUUUUAUGCAUUAUAUGAAUAUUUUAUGCAUAAUAAUUUACAUUAAUUUUUGAAUCAAAGUAAUAUUCGUAAAAAACAUUUCCAUAAUAUUCCACGAGUAUUGAAAUAAUAUAUCACGCACAUUAUACGAAGCGGACAUAUAAUAUUAAUACAAUAUUCCUAUAGCAUUAAAAAAUAUUAUAUUCUCGGAAUAUUAUUUUAAUAAUAUUCUUGUAAUAUUGUAGCGCUUAUGGAGAAUGUCUUUAUUAAAUAUUUAACAAGGACAAAUGAUGCUGACAAACGCUGUGAGCGCCAGCCCAAAUAAAUCUCUC